ACAUCUAAUUUACUGCUGUCACACUGACAAAAAGGUCCCUUUUACAUGAUUCAUUUCUAGUAUGUACAGGUCUGUUUGUGUGAAGCAAUUUUCUCAAGAGCAAAACGUACAAGCCAUUAUAAUCUUGGCACAAAAAAACCUUUAGGCAACGAGAAAUUAUUUCAUGGUUGUAGAUUUGAGGAUGGGUGCCCGUGAGCUGGAAGAUCUAUAACCUCAAUUAUUCAGCAUGAUAUCAAAAUGAGGAUAGCAGGUAACUUGUAGGCCGGUUAUUAAAGGGGCUGUGCUCGGGACCCAGAAAGAUAUUGGAUUUGGUUUCAUAACACAGCAUUGGGAUACGGGUGGUUUGUGUUGGGCUUGUUGUGAGUGGCAUGAUAGGGCUUGCCUCGGCGCACAAAUCCUGUACGUUUGGUCACACGGCGACGCGCAAAUAACGUGAAAGAUUUCCGGACUCCAGGGUCCAGAGUGAUCGAUGAGCAGCUGUCUUGUGGGUGUUUCAAGGUGGGCAGUCGAAGCAGGAGCGACAUGAUCUUUUUACAGGCUGUUUGCACAUGCAGUCCUCGGGAAAGUUAAAGGAGCCCGGUCUCAUUGAGGGAGGAUGAAGGGCGCAGAGUAGGAGAGCAGCUGGAAGCAAAAGGGAGCUGAUGGUCCUCUCUCAUCAGCGCGGCUUUUCUGCACUGAGGAGGAAUUCAUGCGGAGGGGGAGGCGCCCAAGCGAGGCGAGCAGCACGACUGCUGCCCGAAUUUAACAAUUAACCUUGAUGAACACAGAUUGGUUUCACUUAACAGGCGCAGGUGCGUGGAGUUUGCGAUACGGCGCAGCUGAGCCACUCCACGUUUAUGACUGGACACUGACGCAUUUUAUGCCAAACACAGAAACUACAGGGAUAGAAGGAUAUUGCAGCUGAUGUUUUUUUUUUUCUCACGGGACAGGAUGCAGGUUGCAGCGGGAGCCCGUCCGACACUCAUCAUCUUGCAAAAUCCGAAUUCUGGAGCAUUGUUAAAUUGAUUUGGAGACCUAUAUAUCGGAAUUUGACCGCCGUGUCAUUGCUUAGCCUACCAGUCCCAGCAGCUAAAAAGGCAUCUUCUCAACGGCGGAGACGAGAAGGAGAGAGAGAAAAAAAACCUGUCCGCCUCACUACUCUCCAUCUGCGCCCUGGACGGCUUGAAAUGAGGACCACAUCCCGACUCUGUUCCGUGUGAAGAGGCAAGCGGGGCGGCAGUUUCUUCGGCUCUCAAGGACGCAAAAAAAAAAAAGUGGCCGCCGGCCGAGCUGAGAAGCAUGGAGCGGGACGACACCGUGAGCGUGUCCAAAAAGACAAUAAUUGCGAAGAUAUUUAAAGUUCGCAAGAGGAGGGAGAUGCUUUUCGUACAGGUGUGCUUUAUCUGCAGUGUCCUCUUCGUGGCGUGGAGCAUGUCGGCGCUGUUGACCAAGACAGGCCAUGGGAUGAUAGUGGAGGGCCAUCCAAACCAUGAACACUGGGGAAGACGGCUAAUGGCUUCAGCAAUGGACAAUGAAACGGAGAAGAACUGUUCAGAGCCAGCAAUACACGAGUUCCCCGAAGACUUUUUCACCAACAAUGAACGGAAGAGUGGGGCCAUUCUGCUGCACAUUACGGCGGCACUCUACAUGUUUCUGGCCCUCGCCAUAACAUGUGACGAGUACUUUGUGACAUCGCUGGAGAAGAUCUGUGAGAAACUCGAUCUGAGUGAAGAUGUUGCCGGAGCCACCUUCAUGGCAGCUGGCAGCUCUGCACCGGAGCUGUUUGCAUCUGUUAUUGGUGUCUUCAUCACCCAUGGUGAUGUGGGGGUGGGGACCAUCGUGGGUUCAGCGGUCUUCAACAUCCUUUGCAUCAUUGGAGUCUGUGGGAUCUUCGCUGGACAGGUGGUGGUGCUGACCUGGUGGGCGGUUUUCAGAGACUCCUUCUACUACAUCUUGGCUGUUGUGGCUCUUAUUGCAUUCAUCUAUGAUGAGAAGAUAGUGUGGUGGGAGAGUUUAGUGCUGGUUGUAAUGUAUGCGGGCUACAUCCUCGUCAUGAAAUUCAACUCCAGCAUGCAGAGAUUUUUCAUGGGGAAGUCCAAGAAGAACGUGGCCAAUGGUAACGCUGUGGCCAGCAAUGAGAUGGAGGACGUCAAGCCCAGCAAGGCUUACAGCCGUGGCUCUGUGGUGAUGGUGGACGAGAUCAUAAACGCCAGCCCUUCAAAGUUCAGGUUUCCAGAAGCCGGCCUGCGUGUCAUGGUCACCAGCCACUUUGGACCCAAGACCCGUCUGCGCAUGGCCAGUCGCCUCAUCAUAACAGAGCGCCAGAAGUUGGUCCAAGCUGCCAAUGGUGUGGAGACACAAGUGAUCGACGGGAAGGUUGAGAUUGAGAACGGAAACGUGCCAGAGGACAAACCCACCGAGGCGGAGGAGAACGACACCAUCUCCCCAUUUCAUAUUCCAAGAGGUAUCGGCAGCAAGGUGAAGUGGCUAAUAUCGUGGCCUCUGCUCCUGUUGUUGUUUUUUACCGUCCCAAACUGUGCCAAGCCUCGCUGGGAGAAAUACUUCAUGUUGUCCUUCAUCCUGUCUACUGUCUGGAUCGCUGUCUUCUCCUACGUUAUGGUCUGGAUGGUGACUAUAAUUGGCUACACUCUGGGAAUCCCUGAUGUCAUCAUGGGGAUCACUUUCCUGGCAGCUGGCACCAGUGUCCCAGACUGCAUAGCCAGUCUCAUUGUGGCUCGGCAAGGUUUGGGAGACAUGGCGGUGUCCAACACUAUCGGCAGUAAUGUGUUUGAUAUCCUCGUGGGACUUGGGGUUCCUUGGGCCAUACAGACCAUGUGUGUCAGCUAUGGAUCAGAGGUGAUGAUUAACAGUCGGGGGCUGGUGUACUCAGUGGUGCUUCUGCUGGGCUCUGUGGCCCUCACGGUGUUGGGGAUUCACUUCAAUAAGUGGAGGCUGGACGUGAAGCUGGGCGUGUACGUCCUCGUCCUGUACGCCAUCUUCCUCUGCUUCUCCGUCAUGAUCGAGUACAAUGUCUUCACCUUCGUCAACCUGCCCAUGUGCAUGGAGGAGUAGAGCACAGCAGCAUGCCUCGGAUACCAAAACCUCAACACUCCCAUUGCAACCCAAAACUCUUUCUUUUUUUUUUUUUUUCUUUUUUUUUCUCUCUCAAUAAUACUGGACCUAUCUGCAGACUUUUUCUCCUCCCCCACACUCUCUCCCUUGUAAUCCUUUUAGUCCCAAAUAUGGAUUUAAUUUUCCCAUGAGGCAGUACGCUGUAAGAGUCUAUGUCUCUGAUUUGUCCUCUUGUCACACAGUGCCGGUCCUUAAUGCUCAUGUUUUGGGCAUUUGCCUGUUACUGCAGUAAAGGCUUUAGUUCCUCUGUGCACCUGUUAACUUUCUACCCAUCUAGCAUGCCUUUUUAGAUGUCGGGGACCUCCAGAAUCAUAAGUGCCCCUGUUGAUUGUUGGUGUGUGUUUUCAGUGUUCACAUUGUAGAUUUCCACACACCAUUCUAAAGCCUUUCCACAAACCAAACCACAGUCUAUGUAGAAAAAAAAAAUCCUAUCACAAAUUCCAACCAAAACUCCCACUUAGAGAUAAUUCUCCUUGAAGUCAUUCCUAAAAGAUUUACCAAGUUACUCCAGCACCCAAAGAGAAAAGUACACUCCUUUUGUCCCUCUUGACCCCUGGAGGAGGGCCUUGUCCUUGGCAGCUCCCCUCCUCCAGCCUGGACCUGACUCACCUGGCAUGGCCUUUUGGCAUCAGGGAGCAGACACUGUUAGCGCUUCACUCACUCUCUGCAACCUUCUUCAACCCUCAUCUGCUUGAUCAAAUCUGCUUUGUUUUCUUAAAAAAAAAAAAAAAAAAAGACAUUUUGUCAGGACACAAGAUAUAUCACAGUCCAAAUCAGUUGACUGUGAGAGUGUUAUGCAUAUGCAGCACUGCACAAUGUAAACUUGUAAACACUUUUUUUGGUUUUUUGUAUUUAUUAUUUUCAAAACAAGGUUUUGUCCAGUAUGACAUACAGAGGAGAGCUUGUUGCAAAUAUAGGACAUUGCCUGUUUUUCACUGAAACAAAUUGCACAUGGAAACGCUUUUCUCGCUUUGUGCUGUAAGGAGAUUUGACCACUCAAGAGGGGGUUUCUGGCUGGUGGUGGCGACGACUCCACUCCAGCGUUAUUUUCAUUCAGCAAUGGGUUGUUCCACUUUUCCCACUGCACAACUUCAGAAGAAAAAACUGGCUCCAGGUCUGUGGGAUGCUUCUGAUUUUUGUCAUCAGGUGACUUGUUCUCAUCUUGAGACAGCAGCAGCAUGGAGGUAGUCAAUUUAAAAAAAAAAGUAAAAAAAAUAAAUAAAAAUGCAAAGAAACCAGACGGUUCUCAACACUGACUGUCUGCUAUAACACCUUCUGGCCAGUGGGGGGUGCUGCAACCCCUCCACCCAGGGUGCCAACCACAGCCGUCAGUUAUCAGGGAAACUCGGAGAUGGACAGCUCCAGGAGGUGGUGAUGGUCUUGAUUUUGAGUUACAUGUAGAUAUUGCACUUUAACAGCCAUCCUCUCAUUCUGAAUCAACUAGUGCUUCCUUCUGUGUGUGUGUAUUUUCAGUGUAUGUGUCUGUGUGUGUGUGUGAGAGAGAGAAUAUUGUAUGUAUGUAUGUAUGUGUGUGUGUGUAUGUGCGCGUGUGCUCAGUGCGGGCCCAUGCUAGGUUUCUCACACCGGGCUCUCGACUCUUGAACACACCGGAACCUCGUUAACGCCAUGAGCACACCCGCCUCUGUCUGCAGUGCAUGCUGGGACAUUAAACGCAGCUCCUCCACAGCACAGCGAAAAAGGCUGAGGGCUUCUGGGCAUCUCCAUGGAAAUCGCCCAACCCAUUUUACAAAAAUCGGCAGCUACGAGCUACACUGCAAUCCAGACAUUUUGACAUCAUGCAAAAAUGCCUGUGAGGAGUCCACAAGUGAGGCGCAGAGACUUAAACACUAAAAAGCGUGCGGGGUGGGAAAGGGGGGUGUUAAGUGUUGAAAAUAUUCCUCUGCUGCCGUUUGGCAGCAGGCACUUGUAUAUGCAAUCUCAAUGUAAAGAAUUCUAUGUGACACAAGGCCCCUGCAAGGUUGCCACAAUGAUGGGGGAUCCUGUGGAGAUGUGACGUCGGUUUGUCUAGUAGUACUUGAUGUGUGAGCUCACAGGUGUGUGUCUUGUGACAGCCGAGGAACUCAGCCAAAGGUGGACAUUUCUGGAACAGUGGCUUUUUGGGAAGUCUGAUUUUUUUUUUUUUUUUUUUUUUUUUUUUUUUCCCCUUCCUAUACCACACUCCCUUUUCCUCAAUUUCCAAUCCCUCUUGCACAAGGGCAUUAAUUCUCCACCGACCCGAGCUGAGGGGCAGCAGGGAACACAUGGAUGGAUGGCUUUCCUCCACCGCUCUCGGGACUUUUGUCACUUUUUCAAAGGACCUGGAUGAGAGCACUUUCAAGGAAAAAAUAAAUUGGACCCCCUUAAGCUGCUCCUCUAUCGGCUGUGUUUACUGGACGGAAGUGACCACACAGGGCCUACAGACUCCUCCACACACACACACACACACACACACACACACACACACACACACCCCCCCACUGACACCCUUGUACACGCACCCUCCCCUCCACACACUUUACAACCUUUUCAGUGGGUCUUCUGUACAUACAGGACCUUUUUUUUUUUUUAAACUUUGAUGCUUUCUGUGUGGAAGGGAUGUCUGUACUGUACUUGUGUUGAUUCAGAAUGUGCAGUGUUGAGGGCUUUUUUUGUGUGUUUAUUUAUAUUUUUGUUUACUCUGCUCUGUGUGGUCAUGUCCCAGUUGCCAGGUUCCAGUGUGAUACCACCACAGCAGGGGGGGAAAAAAACACUGUUCCUCUUUUUGUCCUCAUCUGACGCACAGCGUACAUCGUCACCAGUUGUCUGACUCGCAUCUUUGUUACCAAGUCACUUUUUUUGGAAGAGGAGAAAAAAAAAAGAAGUAGAAUUCAAAUGCCAUAAUUGUCGUAGCUCAGCAUAAAACCAGAUUGUAUGGAAAAUCCUGUGUACAAAAUAAGCGCACACUUUAGAACACACACACACACGAUAGAAAUGGCAAUUGAACACAAGAGAGGACCGGUAUGUAUUUCUUGAUUGAAUGCGACCUGAUGCACUGUGAGCUCAAUGUGAUGUGGGAGUUGUUUGUCAAGAAUAAUAAAUGAUUAAAAAAUAUAUUUAAUGUAAAGUUAGUUACUAUAAAACAUUACUGAGGACAUCUGUAUAACUUAUAUGAAUGUAUUGUCUUGCUAUACUGGACAUAUCCAACCAAUGCAUUUUACUGUAAAGCAAUAAUGUGAAGAAAAAAAAAUAAAAUGGCAAACUAAUUCCUGUA